AUGCCACCGACGUGCGCCCGCCCACGCCACGUCGACGGGGUGUUGGGAAUCGACUUCCGCCGCCCUGGACCGUCUUUGUUGGCUACCGAUCCAUUUUCUGUCGUCCGAACUGAUCCAGGACGACCCAGCUCCAGCAGCGCCCUGAUUUUACGCGCUCCACAGCAGGACGCGCACCUUGCAGCCUCAAAGCAAAGAGAAGGACAGCAGCAGCAGAUCGAAUCUCAGCUUCCGGUGCCGAGCCAGCCCAGUCAGGUUCCACCAACCUGCGGAUCGUGUGCCUUAACACCGGCCGCUUUCCCAAAUCUGUGGCUACCGCGCACGAGCCACGCGCUAGUUCCCGAUAGGGCCAGUCUUGAAGACCGUCAUUUGACGUGCGUCGACAUUAGCGGCCCAUCCGCGACCACCACAACGAGCGCGUCGACAUCUCGGACGAAUCACGACGAGCUCAUUCCUAGCAUUUCCAAUUGGAGUUUCUGA